GCGCUGCGAGCGUCGGCGGCCGAAGGCCGCCGACGCGAGCCGCCACCAAGGGUUGGAGAAAAGAAAGAACUGGAAACUAAACUGGAAGAAUGAGCUAGGGAGAGAGCUUAAAUAGCUAGGGAGGGACUCAUGCUCUCUCUCUCUCUCUCUCGCUCUCUCUCUCCUCUCUCCCGCCACCAAGGGGACCUCUCCUACAACGUCAUCAAUGGCUCCAUUCCAGUGCGCGCCUUCCAGCAGCUCAGGCAGCUGCGGAUACUGGAUCUGGCUGAAAAUCAGCUCAUUCCGCCCUUUCCUGCCCACGCGUUGCAGCACAUGACGGGACUUCGAGUGCUGAACCUUCGCUGUGCGGAGUUCGAACUAAACACCACUCUCGAAAUUCUUGGCUACUCACCGUCCCUCCAAUACGUUGACCUCACAAGGACCAGAGCGACAGGCGCCCUCCCUCCUUCACUCGCUGCUGCCUCCAAUCUCACAUACCUGGACCUGUCAGACACUGACCCCUCAGGGAAUGUCAUGGGUGUGGUCAGCAAGCUCACCUCCCUUACCUUCCUUGCCAUCAAGCAGGCCUAUAACCUCAUGGGGGACUUCACGUCCUUCUCCUCCCUCUCGAGCAUCUCCAGCCUGCAACAGCUGGAGCUGAAAUCUCUGCACAACGUGACAGGCCAGCUUCAAGACAUGACCUUCCUCACCUUGCUGUCUAAUUUGCGACAUCUGGAGUUUGCUGACAUGCGCGUGGAGGGGGAGCUUCCUGCCACCCUCAUUCUGCUCGACAAGCUCACCUUCCUGGACCUGAGCUACCUCUACUUCAACAACGUGCCUCUCUGGCUCGCAUCGUUCACCAACCUCCGCCAUCUCAUCCUCCCGGACAUGAGGAAUCAGCGCUCAGGCCCCGUGCCGCAGGACCUCUCCAGGCUCGUGCACCUUGAGGAGUUUGUGGCUACAGGAAAUGGUCUGGUUGGUUUCCUUCCGGACUCGUGGGCCUCCCUCACCGCCCUCACGUCUCUGGACCUGCAGCAGAACGGCAUUCUCGGCUCCAUUCCAGCAAGCUUCUCCAAGCUCGAGAGCCUCACAAAGCUGGAUCUGUCGAUAAAUGAAAUGAGCGGCUCACUGCCUGGCGUGUUCAGCCCAAGCCUCGAAGAACUGAUACUCAACGACAACAAGUUUGAGGGGUCUCUCCCUUCUGCGCUCGGAAACCUUCCAUCUCUCUCCAAUCUUAAGCUCAACAGCAACCGCUUCACUGGAACCAUUCCCAAGUCCUUCACAAAGCUCGAGGCCCUCACAGACGUCAUGCUGAGCUUCAACCAGCUGUCAGGAGGACUGGACGUCAUCGCAAGCAUGCCUCUCAUCAUCACCAUUGACAUUGGAUCCAACAACUACUCAGGGUCACUUCCUCCUGAGUUCUCCAUGCUCGCCUCUCUUGUCGUGCUCACGGCAGCAAACAACAGCCUGUCAGGGGAGUUCCCCUCCGUGCUGCUGGAGCUCACCAUGCUCGAAGGACUCGACCUGGCAUACAACAAAUUCCAGGGCUCCGUACCGCUGGGUAUCACCGCACUCACUGGGCUUGCCGUUCUGCAUCUGGACCACAACCAGUUCUCAGGGGAGAUGCCCACCUUCCUCUUCCAGCUCAACCACAUGACAGAGCUCUUCCUCGCCUACAAUUACUUCCAAGGCAGCAUUCCGCAGAGUCUCGCAUCCAGUGGCCAACUCAGCAUGCUCAAUCUCGAGGGCAACUCUUUCAGUGGCCCACUGCCUGACUUCGCCCAGUGGAACACCAGCCUCAACGCUCUGUAUCUAGGGUUCAACGCUUUCACUGGCUCCAUCCCGGACUCGCUCUCUACAAUCACAACUCUCAACGUCAUCACUCUUCAGGGCAAUCAACUGUCGGGCAACAUCCCAUCCUCGCUCUCAGCGCUCACAGCCCUUGACACCAUAUGGCUGGCCAACAAUCAGCUCUCAGGCACUCUCCCCGACUUCUUUGCCUCCCUCUCUAACCUGCGACAGCUUCUGCUGGACGACAAUCAGAUCUCGGGCCUUCUGCCGCCCUCCUUCUGCAACCUCAAGCUCCUGGAAUACUUUGGCGCGCGCAACAACCGCAUGUACGGGCCGCUGCCGCGAUGCAUGUUUGACUUCUUGGGCUUCAACUACCUCGACCUGCGCAACAACUCGUUCUACGGCACCAUCAACCGCGACUUCAAGGGCAUGAACAACAACGACCUGAAGCUGAACCCCCGCCCCGCCGUCAUCAACCUCGCCUACAACUACUUCUAUGGGGAGCCCUUUGUGUACGCCGCCGGCAGCAUGGUGUGCCCCACGCCCUUGGUGCGCCAGAUCGACUACCGCGACCUCAACGUCAUCGGGUCCACAGGAGGAGGGAAGGUGGCGGCAGACUCGGUGUCUGGAAGGCAGGAUUAUCGGCUGUCGCAGGCGUACCAGAAGGGCCAGGCGAGCCUGCUGCAGAACUGCCUGGCGGUGCGCGGCGAGGCGGGUUGCCUUGUGAACGAGACGCAGCGGCCCGCGCAGGAGUGCGCGGCGUUCUGUAGCGUGACGGACAACGGCCCGUGUAACGGGCUUGGGGACUGCGUGCCACUGGAGGGGGGGUCGGGCCAGCAAGGCUUCACGUGCCAGUGCAAAGCGCCCUAUGUGGCAGUGAACGGGGGCAAUGGCUCGACUUGCGCACUGCAGUCGUCCUCACUCUCAACAGGGGCCAUUGUGGGCAUCUCCGUGGGGUGCUUUGUGGGCCUCGCGCUCAUCGCCGCCGUGCUCGUCGUCAUGCUCAGGCCCAAGAAGAGACGGCGGUGGGACGACCUGGACGUGUGUCAGGAGUUUUCGCUCUCCACGAUGCGCAAGGCCACCAACGACUGGGCGGACGACAACGUGCUGGGGGAGGGGGGCUUCGCCGUGGUCUACAAGGGCGUCAACCCCACCACCGGCCAGAUGUGGGCCAUCAAGCGCCAGACUCUCAUGUCCAACGAUUUCGAAAUGGAGGUGCGGGCAAUGGCGAGCCUAAACCACACAAACCUGGUGCGGCUGCUGGGGUACUGCCUCGACAUGGAUGUGGAGAGUGGCAAGCAGGAGCAGAUCCUCGUGUAUGAGUUUGUGGCGAACCGGGACUUCGAGUACCACAUCCACAAGACAAAGCACCCCCUGACCCUGCGGCAGCGUCUGAAGCUGGCACUGGGGGCAGCUGAGGGGCUGGCGUACCUGCAUGGCUUCGCCAACCCCAUCAUUCACCGCGACAUCAAACCCGCCAACAUCCUCGUGGGGGACAACCUCACUGCCAAGAUCGCGGAUUUCGGGCUGCUGAAGACACUCAAGUUUGGCGACGAGACGGCCACCAAGGUAGCAGGCACGCCCGGCUAUGUGGACCCCGACUACAACCGCACCCAGAUGGUCACCACUAAGAGUGAUGUUUACAGUUUCGGAGUGGUGCUGCUGGAAAUGCUGACAGCGCGCAAGGUCACCAUGGGGGGCAGCUCUCACAUCGGCAAAUGGGCGAGCAAGAUGGUAGCAGAGUACACCCUGGACGACCUGAGGGACAAGGCGCUCGACAUCCCCGAGGAGGCCAUAGUGGAGUGGGCGGACUUGGCCCUCGACUGCAUCAAGGCGCCGGGCUCGCGGCGCCCCGAGAUGCGCGACGUGGUGCGGCGGCUGGACCACCUGCUGAUGUCAUACACCGUGGAGGAAGAGGGGGAGAACGAGCUGGGCAGUGGGGGGGUGGGGGCGGUGGGCUGAACAGCCAGGCUGGGCCGAGCACGGGCAUUCCGUCGGGGAUCAGCCUGCCUUCUUCGGGGGUUAUGAGCUCGAUGCUCAACAGUGGGGUGCAGAGCGGUGUGAGUGGCAAGAGCGGGGUGUCCACUGCAAGCACUCGCUCCAAGCUGAUGCUAUCGGUGGCGUCGGCUCUGGGGAUGAGUGAGGCGGAUAUCAAGCCAGGGGAGGCGGGCAGGGAGGGGGGUGGGAAGGCAGAGGGGGAGGGGGGAGGGGAUGGGAGGAGCGUGGUGAUGAGGCUUGCACGGCGGGACAGCAACACGGAUAACAGCUUCAUCAAUGUGGACCAGCUGCAGGCGCGGUAGGGCGGAGAGAUGGGGAGGAGAUAGAGGGAGGAGAGACGGAAGCAGUGGGUGCAGGGUGGAAAGACAGGUGUUGGGUUGGCGGGUGGGAGGAGCGUGGGCAUGAGGCUCGCACGAGGGGAUAGUACGGCUAAAGGCUUUGUUAAUGUGGGGCAGCUGCAGGUGCGGUAGAGAGGAGAGAUUGGGAGGGGGGCACUGACUCUGACGCACAUGAGAGGGGACAGUACGGCUAACAGCUUCAUCAGUGUGCAGCAGCUGCAGGCGCUGUAGGGAGGUAACAUGGGGAGGGAAGCACUGACGCAUGUGAGAGGGGGCAGUACGGCUAACAGCUUCAUCAGUGUGCAGCAGCUGCUGGGGCGGGUAAGGUGCUGGUGUCUGUUAUGGAAGCAGAGUGGUCAGGAUCCCAGCCCAGACCCUACGCUGCCUAGCCUGGAUAGUUAUCUACCACUUUACAACCAGUCAUGGUUGUGCAUGUUACUGGAAGAAAUGAGUGUUGCGAACUACAUGCAGUACAUAUUGCAAUGUAUU